CUCGAAACCGUACCAUAGCCUCCAAUCUCCAAUUCAUCACUUCCAAGCCACUUCACCUCAUCCAUAUGGCAUUUUAUUCACCUCAACUAGAUACUUGAAUGAUCAUCAUCAAUUGUGCUAUCAAAAAAUGUGAAUAAAAAACUACAACACCGUUCCGGCUUUUGAAUUGCUACGGUAACCUACUCAAUCUUACUUACUUGCUUAUAAUCUCCUGCCCCGCUACCCUCCACUUACCUACUGCAUCCAUCAUCGUGAAUACAAUCUUUACGCGCAGCCAAAUUUUGGUAGGAAUCCGGAGCAAUGGCCAAAAAAUCAAAGAAGAUUCCGAGCCCAUCUCGAAGUGUUUCUGACAUUUCCAGCGAUGGUGAUGGAGCUCCCGUUUAUACACCACCUGAAACUGAGUCCGUCGAUGGUCCCUCAAGCUCAACUCAUCUCUCAGAUCCAAGUCACCUCAGCGACGUAAUACAAGGGCUUCAAGAUGUCAAACUUGCAGAAGAUAAGGCUGAUGAAGCAGAGCAAGAGACACAUAAGUCUGCAAAGAAGAAGAGGGGUAAACGAAACAAUCGCUCCUUAGGCAAGGAAUCGGUUCCCGCAGAUAUCACUGUCAGCAAUGUUGCCGACGCCCUUCAGAACCUUGUAGUUUCCCAAAAAGAGACAAACAAUUUGGAGCAUGAGCAAAUCAAUGCGAAGUCUGAAAGGAACAGGAAGAAUAAGGAGAGGAAGAAGAGAAGCAAGGCUAGAAAGGCUGAGGAAUAUGCCAAGAAGGAAACCGAUGCGACUAUCGCGAAUGACAGGUCCAAAUCCAUGGAGGACGAGGAAGAGGAUUCAGAAGAAGAGAUAGCAGUCAAGGAUACAUCCGACUAUAAGUGGCUCAAGGACUCUGGAUGGAAUAACAUGAGAAAUUUCAUGAUGGGACAUGGUUUUAAAUGGGGUGAAGUUGAUGAAUAUGAUGCCGCAAAAGAGUUGAUCAAGAGUAUCAGGGAGGAUCAAGCUUCUGAGAAACAGGUCGAACCAGAACCGCUAAAGAAAAAAGUAGUCGAAGAUGUUUCUGUAUCUAAGCCAAAGACAGGCAAGACUAAGAAGGGUCAAGCUUCUGAGAAACCAAAGCCACCAAAGGAGACAGUCACAGAUGCCUCUUCCAAACAGAAAUCGAUGAAGACCAAGAAGAAUACUGUAGUCGGCUUGUGGGAAGAUUAUUUCGGAAAUGAAACUCAGCUUGCAAACUGGCAGAGACUCUGUGUCGACGUUGGCAUGGAAGAGAUACCUACGAGCAUUACUCAAUGUCGCAAAGUAAGUGAUACGAAUUUCCUCAAUUUCAGUAAUGAUGCUAAUGUAUAUUCUAUAGGCUUUAGGAAAAGUCUGGGUCAACAUAUUCGAUUUCCUCGACGCUAAGGCUGAAGGUAAACCAGUUAAGAGAUACAGCAGCGAACAUAAACUUGCUACAUAUACAUUGAAGUCCGGCAAGAUAUUUCCAAAGAGUCAUGCUAAGCAAGGUGGUCCUGCUAGAGUACUAUUGGCGCAUAUUUUCCGACAUUAAGAGUGAAUUGAUCAGGCAUUUCGGGGCGUUUUCUUUUCUUCGGCACACGCAAUGAUGAUUUUAAUGGGCAUAUGAUUGGGAUAUCAGGGAUUUUGAAUUUGCAGUUGGGAUAUCAACGUUGGGAUAAUUUGCUGACUAUUGGCGUGGGCUUUGGAUGCGCGUUCUUUUAUGUUACGUUCGAGCGGAUCUUCCUUCUGGGACUCUGGGUGUGGGAUAGCUAGAUAUUUCUUGCAUAUACGAGCAUUUUCACAUAUUCUUUG